CGGUUGAUGGCCGUCGAGCCCAGAUUUGUUUUUCUUGUUCACUUUUGUAACGUUGGUCAAAAUUGGCCGUCAAAGUUCGGAAGUUGUACAGAUACAGAGUAAUGUCGUCCAGGAAGUCAAGUUCCACUGGGGAAGGCUUGCCUUCCAGCAAAUAUGGAGAGCGUACCCCUCUGCGAAGUUUGGAGAAUGAAAUGCUGCACCUGUCAACUCCCUCAUCUAGGCUGAAAUCAAGUGCUGGUGCCGUGAAAAUGACAAAGGGUGAUACUCCUCUCUGUGACCCCGAGUCCCACUUGCACUGUCCUCCAACCAUCAAAGUGAUACAAACCAGUGCCCCCAUGAAUGAUAUGACAACUGCUGAGACCCCUUGUGGACUUGGAGAUGUAACAUUCAAAUCCUUCGUCUGUCCUGGUGGUGAGGUUGAGAUUUCAGGCUCUUCAGUGUGUGAAGAUAAGAGCAUUAUUUUGCCCAAUGAUCAGGCUACAUGUAACACUGAAACUGAAGAUACAGUUAUAUCUGACAGUAUGAUAGCUCAGUCAUGCGGUGACCACAUAGAACAUCCCUAUUACAGUCCCGAGAUGAUAGAUGCUUCUUCGGUCGACAUUGAUGCAGCAUGCCUCUGUGAAAUUCCCAGCACUACACUGGCCUCUGGCAGCCUGGAUGAUAAACCUGCCACAGAAGAUUCAGGAGUGCUUCAGAGAGAUUGCUGUGGAGAGAAAGAUGUCACCUGGAAAUCUGUUGUCUGUGAUGGAGGUGAGGUAGAAGUUGCAGAUGUCACCAGACAACAUGAUGAGACCAUUCCUCUGCCCCAGGCACAGCUUGGUGAAUCUUUACAAGACAACAGUGUAAAUUCAACUAAUUUCUCUGUCUACGGUCAAAUGUGUCAAGCGGAACAUGCUGAACAUCCCUACUGCGGCAGUGCAAAUGGUGUUCCUGUCAACACCACCUUCUCUGAGAUCCCAGAUGGUUUUGAAAAACCUGCUAAUGGACUGAGUGAUGUAACCUUCAAAUCAUUUAACUGCACUGGGGGUGAGAUAGAAAUUUCAGAUGGCACCAAACUUAUAAAUGAGACUGUUCCUCUACCAGCCGACUACACUGUGACCAGCAGUGUGUCAUACAGUUGUAGCAUAAAUCAGAGUGUUUCAGCUGGUGACCAUGAUGCGCAAAACGGUAAUGAUCAUUUAGAUCACCCAUACUGUAAUAGUGAAAAUUAUUCAUCAACUUCAAGUGGCAACCUUUCCACUUCCCAGGAACCAGUGCCAUGCAGCGCUGGUGCUAUGGGUGAGAUUAGCUUGGUGGUACGUGAUAGCCAGACUGGCACACAAGAGGCUGUUGCAUUUGGCUCUUUAAUCAGUGCUGGAAGUAAGGUUGAAGAAUCAAAUGGCACCCGAUUGUCUGAGAAGACUUUCCCUCUGCCUGAUGACCACGCUGUGAUCUGCCAGCCCCUGGAUGACACUGGACCAACUUCUGUUACACAGGAUCAAAUCCGAGAUGACAAGGAACAACCUCCCUGCUGUGUGGAAAAUUAUGAAGUUGUUUUAGAUACUCACCCACCAGCUUUCACCACAUCUUUGCUGACUAACACAUUGUUAAAAGCUUUGGAUAAUGAAUCCAUUAACUGUCAAGUGCAAGAAACAUCAAAGCACUCAAUACACCCUGAGGACAGUGCGUUGCCUUCAAUGCUUAACAAAGCAGAGUCUUCUUACCGCAGCAAACUUGUGGCUUCAGCAGAGAGUCCCACCCCUGUGGAAGUGCAGCAGCUUCUGGAACAUGUCUCUCAAAUACGUUCAAACAGUGGACUGCCUGAAUCCAGUGAGGAAAAAGACAGUGCCCUCGGCUCAUCAGGAAAUGGACCUGUUUUUUGUAACUCUGCAGACAACCUCUCUAAUGUUUUGAAAGUGCUGUCACAGUGUCCCUCAGUAGCAUCAGCUUUGCAGUUUGGAAUCCUCAGUCCUGUUGUCCGGAGAGCUUCUCUAUCUGUAUUAAAGGCUCAUAAUGAUCCUGCUUUUGACCAUUUUGUAGCUGACGACUUUGCUCUCGAGGGUGAAAAGAGCUUGGUGGCUCCUGUUAAUACUGACCCCGCUGGGUUAUGGGCAGAGCACUUGGAGAGCCCCAUGCCACGUCCUCUGUUCAACUCUACAGCACUGGGUUACAAGCUCCAGUCAGGCCCAGUCACUGAGCUGGAUGAGGGUGUGGGUGUGAAGCCCCGUGCCGUGCCCCAGUCUGAGAUGGAGAAGCCAGUUCUGGAUUUCCCGUUGAUUCCAGAUGGUCCCCUUCAGCAGCAGCUCCGGCAGAUGGCAGAGUUCCUCAUCUUGGCAUCUGGAAAGAUGGGUCCUGCUGCUGUCUCUGCUUCUGCUCCACCUCCUGCUGUCGUCACAGUCCAGUCAGCAAGAGCUAGUCCUGCAGAAACCCACAGUGUUUGUGUGGGCACCAAUGCUGUGAAACUGGUAGACCGCAGCCUCAAUACAUCUGGCCAGUUUGAGAGAAAAAGGGAAUUCUCUGUUGUUGAUUCCUGCACUAUUACUGACCCCCUCCUGUGGAAUGUACCUCCAGGUAGCCUAGAGUGCCUCCCCAGACAAGAGCUGGAGCAGAGGUUACGGUCUAGCAUGAUCAUGGUGGAGGCUCUGGUGCAGCAAUUGGCUGCAGCCAGAGCACAUGGAAGUCCUUCUGCAGGCCCUGCACCUUCAGAGCUCAGGGAGAAAUUAGUGCAGACAGACCACACUGAACUCAGUCAGACAACAAUGCACCGGGACCUUUAUAUGGAGGCUCUGAGCAGGAUUAAUGAGUUGGAGCUGGACAGAAAUUCUCUACAGAACCUCAUACAGAGUAUGCAGGAUAUGAGGGUCACCAUGACUUCUUUGAGUAGUGACACAGAUGCUGCUCUCUCCAACAUGAAAGAAAUAGAAGACAUUGUCAGAGGGGACCAUCAAAGCCUUGUUUCACAUUAUGGUCAGAUGAAAUCUCUGUUUGAGAAAACAAAGGAGACACAAACACGAAUGAUGCAGAAAGUCAAAGAUGCUCUUCACCAAAGAGAUGACAUGAGGACACAGAUGGAGGAGGCUUUCACAGCCAAGCAGGCGGCCUUCAGUGCGAUGGAUCAGCUGAGAACACACUGUGCCACAGAAAUGUCAGAGCUAGAGAAGAGUGUGGGGUCUCAGCAAGAACUUCUGGCAGCUGUAAACCAGGCCUACCCAGAACAGGUUGCAUUAAACCAGGCCUACACUGAAAUGCUGGACUCUGCUUCUGAUCUUUUGUUCCAAACCAUGGAGGAGCAGUGCAGUUUGAUGAAAGAACUCAGCACAGUCAGAGGUCUUCUGCAGAAAACUGUUCCCAUGCUUCUGAAGCUGAAUGAGAAGGCAGCAGAUGCUUUGAGAGAUAGAGACGAGCAUAUUUCUGCAAGAGACCAAGCUGUUGAAGAGAGAGAGCAGAUCGAAGAAGAAUUGAACGAAGCUAAUUUGAAUCUCCAAACUGCCAGAGAACACAUUGGUGAUUUAAAUCUGCAGGUGACAAUUCUGACCUCAGAGAUGGGUGUGCUGCGUCAGAAGCUAACAGAAAGAGAGGAAGAGAGGGGUCAGCUGGAGAGGAAGGUGACAGAGUUGUCUGCUACAGUUUCCUCAACGUUGGCCUCCUACACCUUCUUGGAGCAGGCCCUCGCUUCUGAGACUACAAAAUUGCAGCAGUCAUGGAAGGACAUCCAGCAAGCCAAGGACAGAGCAAAUGAGUUGGAGAUGUUGCUGGGCCAGUCGGAGCGGCAUGUGUGUGAGUUGAGUCAGACUCUGGCUGAAAGUGAGGAACAACUCAGUCAGCUUCAGACCCUCUCACAGUCUCAGAAAAUGCAGCUCCAGCAGCUCCAGGAUGUUUGCACACAACUCAGUGGCGUGCGGGAAAUGAACGAGUUCUUACAGAUGGAGAAUGAGUUGGCAAGGGAGCAGGUGGCUGAAAGUGAGCGUAUGCUGAGGGCCAACCUGCAGGGGCUCCGGGAGAGGAACAUCCAGUGUGAGGACCUAAAAGGAGAACUUGGUCAACUUCAGCUUGAGAACAGAAGUUUACAGGAGCAGCUGGAAACUACAAGGUCCAGAGCCAGUGCAACCCAGCUGGAGCUUGGAGAGAAGCUGGCUCAGGCAGUCACUGAGAUCACUCUGCUGCAUCACACACUGCGAGGGCUGACCAACGAGCUUCAUGCAGCUCUCAACGACCAGAAAGCAGAUCCAUGGAAGGAUAAAGAUUCUCAACCAGUCCACAGCUUGGAGCGCCGGCACCCCUCCAGCUCGUUUGUUGACAGCAUCAUGGUCGCAUUAACUGUUGAGAAGGAGGAAGACGUAAAAACAGAGACACCUCCCGGACCAGUCCCCUCAGACAUGCCUGAGCCACAGUGUGAAACUUUGUUCAGUGAGAUGAGCGCCUUCACCCGCAUUGCAGCCGUGACUCCUAAAAAGAAUUUAAAUGCAGUAGAGUUUGAACCAGAGGAGGAGGAUCAGAGCAGUGUGGCAGAGCUGCUGGUUGACCUGGGCAGCACCGUCACGGAGCUCGCCAGCACCCUGAAGCUGGUGCAACAGCGCAAAGACGCUCAGCUGGAGGAGCUGCACAACACCAUCUAUGGCCUGCAGGAGGAGCAGCAGGCUGCAAACAGCAAACAUGAGGAUGAAGUGUUUGAGCUGAAGCAUCAACUUAGCCGCCUGAACAGCCUGGUUGAGAGGGGCAGCCAGGCGUUGCAGCAGAAAGCUCUGGAUGAGAAAACUGUGUCAAAGUUGUCGGCAGAAAUUCAAGACGCCCAGGAAAUUCUAAAUAAACACAAGGCCGACAGUAACGAAUUGCGGAAGGAGGUGGUUGAGCUGCGUCGCUCUCUCCAGCAGUCGAAGGUGGAGUGUCAUUGCCUGCGUGAGGAGUUGAGAAAAGCUGGUGGCCUGUCAGCUAACCCAGCACAUUUCAUGGAAGAGAAGAUCCAGUUAUUGAGAGAGGUGGAGAGACUGAAGUUGAGUCUUCAGGAGGUGGAGCAAGCCAGAGUGAAACUCCUUGAAAGAGCAAAGAGACAUCAAAUGAUCCAUCAGAGCAACCAGCUCAAAAGUGAGAAUGAGCUUCAGAUGUUAAACAACAUGAUCAAUAAAGUCAGAGAGAUCCUGCUGUCUCUGCCAGAAGUUGUGAAGAAUUGUGAACAACUCCAGCAGCUUGUUGAAUACAUUGGCUGAUGUGUUUAUUAUCACCUUUGUUCAUUGUAUUUAUGUCUGUGUUAGAUUUUAGCUUGUCCUGGCUCAAAGUGUUCAUAUAUUUAGUAUGAUUAAAAUAUUUCGUUUAAAUCUUA